AUGGCUGAUUGUUCCGAUUUAUCAGCAAAAAAGAAUAAGAAGAAGAGAAAACUUAGUAGCCAUGAAGACAAACGACAAAAACCUUCCAAAUUGAACCGGAUUGAUGAUGAAUCAGCGAAAGAGAAGGAGGGGAAACUAGAAACCGAAGAAGUUGAGAGUCCAUGGAGGAACUUACAGCUGAUUUUAUCGAUUCAAAACAGAGAAAUUCAUCUUCAAAAGAAGGUUGAACUAGCUUUUGAUUAUGUGAAUUCGAGCGAGAAAGGAGGAGGAAACGACCCAGAUGAAGAUUGUGAAACGGUGAAACUAUCACGAGUUGUAGCAUUUCUUAAUGAUUGGGUACAGUCUCUUUUGAUUUCCACAGAUAAGAAAAUCAAAGUUCAUGGAGAGGGACCUGACGUUGGAGAUAUUGAGGCGUGCUUGGAUUAUAGAUGCUGGUUGAUUUUCAAGUUUUGCUUAGAGGAGUCUUUGAGGUUGCAAGUUCCUCUGACUUUUUCACGGAACUUUUUGCGGGCUAUAGGGUGCGUUGCAAGAAAUGCAUUGUCUGUAUUGACAGUCUCGUCUUUGUUUUCAAGAGAAUCGGUUUUUUCUGGUGCUGUGUCUAAAUUGUGUAGUGUUGUGCUUGAUAGUGUUUCUCUGGUAUUCUUAUCUCAUGGUGGGUUGUCGAAUGAGAAUUUGGACUUGUGGAUUUUGUCUAGUCUUCCGGUUCUUGAAUUUGUUUGCAAAGUGUAUGAUGAGAAGCUUGAGGGUGGCAAUGUGGGUGUUUUUGCUUUGCAGUUCUCUUGCCUGGUGCUUGAGCCAUUUGCCAAGUUCUUGAGGGUCCAUCCAACAAGGAAAAAUGGAUUUCGUGAUUUUGUGGAUAAACUCCUUGAGCCAUUGCUGCAUUUGUUGGGUGUCUUGCAUCUUCGUUUUGACGGAAGCAAUCCUGGUUGGACAAGAAACUUGGUAGUUGCUAUUGAAGAGGUUUUAUCACAAGGGUUUUUUCAUCCAAUCCACAUUGAUGGAUUUCUUAGCUUACGUGUUACUGGAAAGUAUUCUGGAUCCAAUGAUGGAGAAAAGAAAGAGUCAAAAACUGUCAUUCAAAGUUACCAUAGACAUUUCUUUGAUAAACUAGAAAGAAUUAUAGUUGCAAAGAAGGAAUUUGUUAUGAGUGGCUUAGGGGAACUCUUUCAUGUGCUUGUUGAUCGUGUGAAAAAGCAAAAAGGAACUCCAGUGCUGUCUGAAGAUAUGAAGAUGGUGAAGAGAACUGAAGGUUCAAGGCACUUGUCUGGUCAAAUGUCUAAAAUGUUAUAUGGUAGUAGUACACCUUCAGACAGUAGUUAUGGACACAGUAUUUUAAAUGCAGAAAAAAGAAAAUCACUUUUCAAUUUUUUCGUACAGAUUACAGAGCCUCUUUUGCUUGAGAUGAAUGGCUACCUUCGAUCUAAAUUGGAAGUUGGGCCUAUAUUGUUGGAUGUUCACUGCACAGUCAAAUCUAUUAAUAAUUUACUAGCCUGCUUUUUGCAUGAAAAGCUAUACGUAAAAACAGAGGAUAUAUCUGAAGGAGCUUGCCUUAAUUUCUUGAAGAAGGUCUACAAUGCUAUUUUGUCAAUGGCUACCAUUUUACUUUGUUUGCCAACAUAUAAUUUAGAUUCACAAACACAAGAGACCUUAACUUUAUUAGCAAGGGAGCUACUUGUUGCUGUGGGGUACUUUUUGGAUAUUGAGCAUGAAGUUAUUGAGAAUGAUUUAACCAGGUUAUGGUUUAUCAUACUUUCCUGCUUGGCCUUUGGCCAUUCAUUUAAGGAUGCACCAAAUCAAUGUUCAUUAACUUCUCAGAUACUAGGGCUCGGAUGCCAGCUGGUCAAGCUUUAUAGCGAACUUCGACAGUUGAAAAGCACUAUCUUUGCUCUCUGUAAAGCAACAAGGCUUAUAAUAGUACAUGACAAUGGUGGUGAUGCCGAGCUGAAUUAUGAUAGUUUAGGAUUCUGCAAAAUUUCCCUACCAUAUGCAUCAUAUGCAAAAGGGGUGGAAAUAUUGUUGUGCUCACAUGAGUUUAAACUAGCCAUUCGUAAUGGUAUAAACUCCAUACCAGAAGGGCAGGCCAGUGAAUGUAUUCGACAGUUAACUGUAGAUCUGUCAGAGUCUAUGAAAUGGAUGAAGACUAAUUGCUCAUUGGCAGAUGGGGAAGCAUUUGGUGACUCAAAUGCGAAUUGCAGCAUGCAUGGUUUUGAUCUCCAAUUGGAACUUUUUGGAAGAGGAUUGUCUGAAAUAUACGUACUGGUGCUAGAUUCACUGAAUGUCACAGUUGGGAACAGCAUCAUUGUUGGACGAACUAUAAAGGACUUGAUGGCUGUAAUUCGACCGUACCUGAGUAUUCUGGUUGGACUGGAGCCAGAGAGUGUCAAUGAGUUCAUCUCUUCCGUGACAGGAAGAACUUCUGAUGUCAAGCUUGCUGGAAACACACAUGAUAUGCUGAAAUUUGGAGUGUCCACCCACUGGGUCCUUGUAUUCUUUUCUUACGUGUACAUGUCCUGCCGAAGCUUAUACAGGCAAGCAGUCAGCCUUAUGCCUCCAGAUGUAUCAAGAAAGAUGUCAGCAGUAAUGGGAGAUCCAUUUACAGCAUAUUCUGCAAGAGAUUGGAUAGACAAUACUGUUUGGACAGAUGGGGGCUAUUUUUCUUGGAUUGUCCAACCUUCAGCCUCUCUGCCUGUCAUUAUACAAUCUGUUUCUUCCAUUUAUCUUCAGGGAAGCACGACAGAUUGUUCUCCUCUGAUUUAUGUAUUGUAUACUAUGGCUCUUCAGAGGCUUGUUGAUUUGAACAGGCAGAUAAAGUCUUUAGAUUAUAUGCAGCGAAGCAAUGAUAAUAUUGUCCAAUUCAAGUUGCUUGAUGAUGCUGGCUUGUCACUGUACCGCAAAAGGAGCAGAAAGUGGAACAAACACAUUGCUACUUUGAAGCAGGAGGCAGCCAAUCUUACUGAGUUCAUGAUGAGUUACCUCUUAUUACUGGGCAAUGAACAACUUCCAGUCUACUCUUCUAAUGCUGCAACUUGUCCGGAUACCUGCCACCAAGCUCUGCAUGGAAUUGAGAAGUGGGUUUUUGCUGUCUGUUCUGUGAAUGAGAAGUCAUUACCUGCUGCAAUUUGGUGGAUUAUUUGCCGAAAUAUUGAUAUAUGGUCCAUUCAUGCUAGUAAGAAGAAGUUGAAGAUGUUCCUCAAGCAUGUGAUCCUUACUUCUCUUCCAUCUAUAACGAAAAGCUGUACACAGGGGGAAAGGCACCAUACAACUGAAGCUGGCCUCCAGAAUAAAAUUUCUGUUCAUCAAAUCUCAGCAGAACUUCUGGCUGAUUCUCUUCUGUAUGAACAUAAGUUUGUUCGCAGGCAUUUGGCAUCAAGGUUUUGCAAUUUAUUGGAGAAAUUAGUCCUGCCGCUAUUUGGGGAUGUUGAACUGAAUGAGUCACCUAAAUGGCAAGAGGAUUUAAGUGCACUUGAAAACUCAUAUGUUGUUUCAGGCAGAAAGUCCUCUACAUUUGAUGAGUUUGCAGAGGGGAAACCGACCUCCCAUUUAUUGUCUGAGAUGCCUGCAGAUAUUUCCGAAGAAUCAACCAUCAUGAAAUUUACAGCGUGUCAAAGUUUGCUUAGGCUUUUGUGUUGGAUGCCAAAAGGAUAUAUCAAUUCAAAAUCAUUCUCACUUUAUGUCACUUGCACGCUGAACCUUGAAAGGCAUUUGAUUGGCCACCUCUUAGAAUGCGGGGACUCGUUCUUCUCAAAUAGACAGUAUGAGCUUUUAAGGUUGCUGGUGACCUGCCGGAGGGCCCUAAAAUACUUAACUAUGUCAUAUUGUGAGGAGAAAAUUGGAAUUACUCAAUCCUCAUUCAUUCCUAUUCUGUCAGAGGAUGGACGUUCUGUAUUAUGGCUUUCCAAAUCAUUGUCUGUGGUGUUUAGGCUUCAAAAGAAGCUAUCCAAAGAUAAAGCUUGUGAAGUUACAGAUAUGAUCUUCUCAUUGAUGGAUCACACAUCGUAUGUUUUCCUGACACUAAGCAAAUAUCAGUGUACUUGUGCAGUGGACUCCAUAAUUGCUGAGAAACGUUAUACAGAGCAACCCAAUUCUGAUCUUGGCCAGGAACAGAGCAGUGUAAACAAAUCUGAUCCAUGUGUGGAUACAUCCAAUGACUUUGAAAGCUGGAAAAGUGUUCUCCUCAUCGCUGAAAGUUUGAAGGAGCAGACACAAGACUUAAUUAUUUCUUUGAAGAAUGCUCUUUGCAAGAAAGUUGGAGAUGAAAUCGAUGUUGUUGAUUGGAACAAAUUGUCUUCAAUUGUCUCUUGCUUCAGUGGGUUCAUGUGGGGCCUAGCAUCUGCGUUGGACCACACAAAUGCAACAGAGAGUGAUUAUAAGGUCAAGCUGUUGAGAUGGAAAGGUGAACCCAUCUCAAAAAUCAAUCAUUGUAUAAAUGUGUUUGCUGAUUUUAUUUGUUUUUCCUUUCACAUGCUGUUUGUUGAGGAUGGUCACCGACCUGAACAUUUAUCUGAUGCUCGAUAUUUUGUAAAGUCUGAUGAUAGCGGCAGUUUACUGGGUUCAGGUGACUCUUGGAAAGCUACCAUGGAUAAACAUAGUUCACAGUUGGAAAGCAGUACCUCUAUUGCCAGUGUUCUAAGUAAGCUUGACCCAUAUGAAUGUCAACCAUUAAAUAAGGAAUGGCUGCAAAGUUUUCUAAAAGGCGAUCAUCCUAAAGCAGCAGUAUUGAUCAGGCAGCUAUUAAUUGCUGCUUCAGCUAUUGUGAGGCUCAAUUUGCAGACUAAAAGAACUCCCUCGUUGUCUAGCUUGGUGCCAAGUUUUACUGGCAUAUCUCAAGUCUUGCUCUUGAAGUUAGCAGAUAGCACUGAGGUGCCAAAACCAUUCUCUUUUGUUUGGUUAGAUGGUGUUCUGAAGUAUUUGCAAGAGUUAGGGAGUCAUUUUCUCAUAACUAAUCCUACCUUGACUAGGGAUGUGUAUACAAAGCUACUAGAGUUACACUUGAAGGCUAUAGGAAAAUGCAUAUCUUUACAGGGGAAAGAAGCUUCUCUGGCUUCUCGUGAUAAAGAAUCAAGCACUAAGAUACACCACAGUCAUAGAGUAUCAGCAUCUCUUUCUCAUCCAUACCAUUUGGAUGAAUUUAAAGCUAGGUUGAGGAUGUCAUUCAAAAGUUUGAUAAGAAAACCAUCAGAGUUGCAUCUUUUGUCUGCAAUACAGGCAAUAGAAAGAGCACUGGUUGGAGUGCAUGAAGGCUGCCCAAUAGUUUAUGAGAUUAAUACUGGGAAUGUAGAUGGUGGAAAAGUUUCUUCAACUGUUGCAGCUGGCAUUGACUGCUUGGAUCUGAUUCUGGAAUAUGUUUCAGGUCGCAAACGUUUAAAUGUUGUUAAAAGGAACAUUCAGAGUUUAGUUGCUGCUUUGUUCAACAUAAUUUUACAUGUGCAAAGUCCAUUAAUUUUCUAUGGGACAGCAUUGGGUAGUGAAAGGGAUAAUGGACCAGAUCCAGGAGCGGUCAUUCUUAUGUGUGUUGAGGUACUAGCAAGAGUUUCUGGAAAACAUGCUUUAUUUCAAAUGGAUUCCUGGCAUGUAGCACAGUCUUUACGUAUACCAGCGGCACUUUUUCAAGAUUUUGGUCAACUGAGAAUUUCUGAAGAUCCAGCUGUAUCUAAUUCCUUGUUAUCAGGCAACCAAGACUGUAAUCCUGUGGCAGGCAUGAAUUUCUUUGUUGUAGAUAAACAAUUCUCUGUGGAGUUGUAUGCUGCAUGCUGCCGGUUAUUGUACACAGUUCUGAAGCAUCACAAAAGUGAGUCGGAACAGUGCAUUGCUUUACUUCAAGUAUCUGAGCGUGCUCUUCUUCAUUGUUUGGAGAUGGUUGGUGUUGAUUUAUCAGUCAGAAAAGGUUAUUUUUCAUGGGAAGUACAAGAGGGAGUAAAAUGCGCUCAUUCACUCCGGAGGAUUUAUGAGGAGUUACGGCAGCAGAAAGAUGUAUUUGGCCAGCACUGUUUCAAGUUUUUAUCCAAUUACAUUUGGGUGUAUUCAGGAUAUGGCCCGCUUAAAACUGGCAUCAGAAGGGAGAUAGAUGAAGCUCUGAGACCUGGUGUGUAUGCUUUAAUAGACGCUUGCUCAGCAGAUGAUCUUCAAUAUCUGCAUUCCGUAUUUGGGGAGGGUUCUUGCAGAAACACAUUGGCUACUUUGCAGCAUGAUUACAAAAUGAAUUUCCAAUAUGAAGGAAAGAUCGAAGUUUUCUCUGAUUUUGGCCGUGAAAUAUUGACAACAUUUGGCAGGCAACUUCAGUCCGGAUGCGGUGGCCUUUGGUGA